UUCACAUCUUUAAGAAAUCAUUUCUUUCUUUCAUUACUUCGUACCUGAUAAUUUAGUUCCUAUAUAUUUAAGUGACCAUGUGAGAUGUUUCUCUCCCACAGCUCUCCUCAACACCAUACAAAAUCCUCUCUUUUGGUUCUUGUUCAGAUUCUUGAAAUUAAAGCUUGACGGUAUCAAGAAACGGGCGUGAGAAAAUGCCUUGUCUUUACAUUACAACCAACGUCAAUUUCGACGGCGUUAACACCGAUCCCUUCUACUCGGAAGUCACCAAAGCCGUCGCUUCUAUCGUCGGACGACCUCAGAACUUAGUGAUGGUGGUGUUGAAGGGAUCAGUAGAGAUAGUGUUUGGAGGGAACAAAGACGCAGCUGCAUAUGGAGAGAUUGUAUCAAUGGGAGGCAUCACAAAACAAGUCAAGAGAGAACUCAUCGCUACCGUUGGAUCUAUUCUCCAUACUCACUUCUCUAUUCAUCCCACUCGUUUUAUCUUUAAAGUUUUUGAUAUCAAUUCGUUGCCUCUUCCUUCUAAACUUUAAAUCAGGAUGGGUCAUCUUUUAUAUUGUCCACCAACACACAAUAUAUAUAGUCACAUAUACUUUUCUAUC